GCCCGAAAUAGGCUGGGCCUAUGUAAAUUGGGCCAGCCCAGUUGCUUUAGAAGCCCGAGGUCAGUAACUUCUCCGUCUCCGCAUCGACACUCCCUCCUCCUCGCAAAUCUCCUCUCUUUUCCCUCCACUCGUAAAUCGUAAUACGCUCCAUGCCCCGCCGUAUCGGAGCAUUCUUAUUCGUCUCCCUCCUAUGCUUCUCCUCCGCCCCUCUCUUCUCCCUCCCUCCCCAACCCUAACCCUAACCCAAACCCCCCACCGCAACCCCUCGCUCCCCACGCCGUUUCCCCUCCGUUCCCCGCCUCCUCUCCUCCUCCUCCUCCACCACCACUCCCCAUGGCGCCGCCCCCGCCGCUCCUCUCCUUCUCCGAUCCCCUUCGCUUCCGCUUCGGACAACGCCCGCCCCGCCGCCGUCGACGCCGCCGCCGCCGCCGCGGGAUUCGAGGAGGAGCUCCGCCGCCUCCUCGUCCUCCUCCCCGCCGAGAUGCGGCGGCGCGUGGAGGACCACGUGGAGCUCCUCGACCUCGUCGAAAUCGUCAUGGACCUGGGGCGCCGCCCCCUCGCCCGGUUCCCCUCCGGCGACUUCUUCCUCUCCGAUCGCCCCAUCUCCAACCUAGAUCUCCGCCACGCCACCUCCCAGGUCGGGGACUUUGCGGCUGAUAACCGAGCUGGGAUUAGUCGAACCUUGCAUAGGAUUAGCGCUAUUAGGAAUCGGAAGGGUGCGAUAAUCGGUCUCACGUGCCGCGUUGGGCGCACGUUGACUGGAAGCGCUAAUUUGCUUCGCGAUUUGGUGAAGGAUGGUGGGUCUCUUUUGCUUAUUGGUCCUCCGGGAGUUGGGAAGACAACAAUCAUAAGAGAAAUAGCUCGGAUGCUAGCAGAUGAUUAUAAGAAAAGAGUGAUGAUUGUUGACACUUCGAAUGAAAUAGGAGGAGAUGGUGAUAUUCCUCAUGCUGGAAUAGGCGGCGCUCGUAGAUUGCAAGUACCCAAUGCUGACAUGCAGCAUAAGGUUCUGAUUGAAGCAGUAGAAAAUCACAUGCCACAGGUAAUUGUAAUUGAUGAGAUUGGAACAAAGCUUGAAGCAAUGACUGCUAGUACCAUCGCACAGCGUGGCAUCCAGCUUGUUGCCACCGCUCAUGGGGUAACAAUUGAGAGUUUGGUCAUGAAUCCUUCAUUAGAGAUGCUUGUUGGAGGAAUACAGAGUGUCACCCUAGGUGAUGAAGAGGCUAGCAGGAGAGGGGUUCAAAAGACUGUUCUUGAACGAAAAGGACCUUCAACAUUCACUUGUUGUGCAGAGAUCAUUUCUAAGACUGAAUUACGAGUUCAUCGCAAUUUGGAAGACACUGUGGAUGCUCUUCUUGCAGGUAGAUCUCCAGAUUAUGAAGUUAGGAAGUCAGAUAAAAAUAAAAAGGGGUCGAUGCAUGAAUUUGUUCAUGUACAACAGGAAUCAUUCAAUGAUACACCUAGUAAGGAAGAUGGAAUCGAGGCCGUGGAUUAUUCAAGGUGGGAUGAUCGAAGUACUUUAGAAAGUGCAGUUACUCUUGAUCUUGCAGAAAAGCAGAUAGAGAUUUCUCAUAAAUCAGAAAGAGGAUUUGCUCUAUAUGUAUAUGGGAUAAUGGAGACGAGCGUCUUGCAAGCGAUUAACCAGCUAGGAAUGGAUGGAAUGGUUAGACUAACUGAUAAUAUCAGCGAAGCCGAUGGUUUUCUUGCUUUACAAUCAAAGCUUAAGAAGAACUCUCAUAUCCAAGCUGCGACCAAAUCUCACAAUAUACCAGUUUUUGUGACAAAGACAAACUCUUUGAUGCAAAUAACCAAAGCUCUGCGUGCCCUUGUAAAUGAGCAUGCCUUUGGAUCAAAACCUCUUGAAGGGAUAGAGAAAGCGACAUCCUCAGAAAGGACUGAUGCUUUGGAGGAGGUGAGAUUAGCUAUCGAGCAAGUAGUGAUUCCAAGCGCGGAGAGUGUGCAGCUGCUUCCGAGGCCGCCUCAUAUUGUUUCUGCACAAAUCGAACUGAUUGAAAGUUUCAACCUCGAGUGGGAGAUGAAGGGCCAGGAGCCUAGUGUCUACCUCUGUAUUUUUCCUCAUCAGUCGAAUAUCAAGGCUAAGAAUCAAGUUACUGAUGACAGUGGGGAUUUGAGCUGGAAUGAAAAUCUGAAUGGUUCGCAAAAUGGUGUGGCUCGAUUACCACUCCUCCCUGAGUAGUAGUGAGUAGACUUUUUGUUUGUAUUGUAACAUUGUCUCUCAUUCUUGCAUUUAUUAGUUGGAUUUGUAUAGUAGUACACACAUGACUGUUAAUUCUGAGAAAAUAAUGUGCUUCUCUGUUAAUUCUGUUGUAAA